GUAGGCUAGAUGCUCCCGCGAGUCCCGCGAUACACUUAGUCAACGUCCGGCGCAUCGGCGACAGCGGCGGGCCGCUCUGCGUUUUAUCGUCCGCGCUUUAUCGGGAUACCGGGUAACGAGGCGUGACGGGCCGAUGUAAUCUUGUCACCUACCAAUCAUCUUUACGGAAAAUUAUUCGAGAGAUUUGUCGCGCCGCGCGGCAGAUUCAUAAUGUGCGGUGCUACGACGAAGGUACGAUCGUGAGCCGGCGGGACCGUCAUCCUGGGAAAGCGGCCUCAAUAAAAAAGGAAGGACUGCCUUGGUUCGUCUCUUGAUGAUACUUCUCUGCUCUAUUUAAUCAAUAUCGUUAAUAUUGCUCGGUAUUAAUGAUCGUGACGCACGUUGGCACGAAAGCUUGACGGAAGUUGCAAACAGACACUACUAUUAGUUAAAAAUGAGUGAAUCCAUCGUUGAUUGCAACAUGCAUCCGACGCAGGAGAUCAAAGUAUAUAAGAGACGAUGGCUGAUCCUCAUACUCUUCGUGGUGUACAGCGCCAGCAACGCUAUGCAGUGGAUUCAAUACAGUAUUAUUACGAAUAUUACGAGGAAAUAUUACAACGUUUCGGAUUAUACAGUGGAUAUGACGAGCAUGAUAUACAUGAUAACAUAUAUACCGUUGAUAUUUCCCGCCAGUUACCUGCUUAAUAACUUUGGCCUCAGGUGUACGGUGAUCGUCGGGGCGCUCGGGACCGCCCUCGGUUCCUGGGUGAAGGUGUUGAGCGUGGCUCCUGAUCGCUUCUGGAUCACGUUCAUCGGUCAGACUGUGGUGGCGAUCAGCCAAACCUGCAUUUUGUCCGUUCCAGCCAGAUUAGCUGCGGUAUGGUUCGGGGACAACGAAGUCAGUCGAGCCUGCGGUAUUGGUGUCUUCGGUAACCAGCUGGGUAUAGCUAUCGGUUUCUUAUUUCCGCCAAUGUUAGUGCCGAACACAGGGCUGUACGACAUCGAAAAAGGAUUUCAACGUAUGUUCUAUAUCGUCGCGGCUUUCACAUCGGCUAUACUAAUCCUCAUAUUACUCCUUUUCAAGUCGGCACCACCUUUACCACCUAGCCUCGCCCAAGUUAAGCAAAGAGAAAAAUCCGAAAGCAACAAGGAGAUGAAGAAUUUUUUUAGUUCCAUCACAAGGCUAUUGUCGAAUCGCGGCUAUCUGUUGCUUUUAAUCAGCUAUGGCAUCAACGUCGGCACGUUUUACGCUAUAAGCACCCUCCUGAACCGACUUGUCACCAAACAGUUUCCGGGAAGUGAACAGGACGCUGGUCGAAUUGGCUUAACGAUAGUUUGCGCCGGGAUGGUAGGCUCCAUUGUAUGUGGUAUUUUAUUAGACAAAACACACAAAUUUUGGUGGACAACGGUAGGAGUGUAUAUUUGUUCUUUAGUGGGUAUGAUAAUCUUCACUUUCACACUGGACAAAGGCGGAAUAUACGUUAUUUACAUCACAGCUGGUCUUCUGGGUUUCUUUAUGACCGGUUAUUUACCGGUUGGCUUCGAACUCGCCGCAGAACUCACGUUCCCGGAGCCAGAGGGAACGUCAACGGGUCUCCUAAACGCGGUCGUGCAGAUCUUCGGCAUCGCCUUCACUCCGCUCUAUCGCUACCUGCUUAACAUUUGGGAGGAUAUGUGGGCGAACGUUGCGCUGUGCGGUAUCCUCGCAGUUGGCGUUUUGCUCACGAUUUUAAUACCGAAUGAUCUGAGACGUCAGAAAGCAAAGGCUUAAUAAUCCGAACAACAAUCGCCGAGACAGUAACGCGAUGAGCUUUUCAAGAUACCGCAGUUGGAACAAAUAGUUUUCAUGUUGACAAUACUCUCCGUAACUUAUUAUCAAAGUCCAAUUGGGACUUAAUUUAGACAGGUCUUAGAAAAAUUGGCAGGUACCGAUUUUUCUAAAAAGGUAAAUCUUUUUGGAAUUAAAGUAGGAGCUCUAAAAAAAUAGUCGGUUAAUAUAAUAUGAAAAGCGUUUAUUUUUUGUAUAGGACUUCCAGAUUUUUACUUUAAGAGAAUUUUUAGAAUGUCUAUAAAUGCCGAGAUGCCUAACGUUGAAAACUAGAAAGAUGUUUGAAUAAUAGAUCAAUAUUUUUGUGAAAAAAUUAAUAGCUGGAUUUAUCAAAAAAUUCCUAGUAAAAGAACAAUGGUACAAUUGGCUUUAAAAAAAUAGAGCUAUAUAUAUAUAUAUAUGUGUGUGUGUGUGUGUGUGUGUGUUUAGAGAUAUAUUUUUGUCGUUAUUGCUAUUAGAUGUAGUAGAAACAAAGUGGUCUAACAGAUAUAUGUACAAACGACGAGGAAAAGCAAAGACCGUCGAAAAAUUUUUGAUCCUGUUAUUAGUUGAACUUUUUAAUCUCAGGUAAGCAGUAGUCUGUUUACGGUAUUAUGCAGUAACGAAUUAAAAUUCUGAAAAUAGCGAUAAAUUAUCAAGAGAUAAUAAUUUUUUAAAAAAAUAAUAGAAAUCCAUAUUGCGAAAAUAUAAAUGUUUAUUAUGACAACAAUUGACAAUAAUCUAUGAAUUAAACUUUUGUUAUUUAAAAAAUUCUCAUAUUUGAAUUUUGUCAAUGAAUAAUAAUAAAAAAUUAUACAUAAAUUUUUUAGAGAAUGUUAAAAUAAAUUCAUUGUUGCAUAAUGUCUAUUUUAGUAUAUCUAAAUAUGUAGUCAUGAGUCUAUAUGAAUUGUUAUCGAGCAAAUACUACAAUUUGCGAUAGACGAUAGACAUUGGCUGAGUUCGGGAAGACGCUAUUAGCGCUAAAAGUAUCAUUCUAUCCUUGUUGCUCAGUGAAUGUCGAAGAAAGAUAGAGCACGCUCCCAAUGCCAAAAGCGUGCUCUCCGAACCCAACCAUAGUAAUUAAAAGUGAUAAGCGCAAUGAGAGUGACUGUUCGAGAUAUAACUUUAUUGCGGUAAUAAAUGAAUGUUACAUUGACAGUAUUGAUACGUAAUAAAAAUAGAAAGAAACUGUUUCGACAAUUUAAACUCGAAUUAUAUCUCUACUAUAAAAGCAUUAAUAAUUGUCUAUUAGUUUUUGGUAAUAUAAUAAUUGCAUCAAAAUGUAUAACGAUCGUACUAUUGCAAUAGAUGCGAUACAUAAUUUUAUUACCGCAAGCUUACUCCGUUUAUUAUAUCUACAGUGUACUAGUUUGAUCAUCAUUGUCAUUCUCUCACUUUUAAUUACUUGAUUGUUUGUCUUGUGAUAAAAAGUUAUUCAAAUUUAGAUGUUAUUUUCUUACUUAUAUGUACAUACGUGUAUAUAUUGUUAUUCUAAUUUUUUUCAAAAGAACAUUUCAUUAGAAUAUAUAGCUAUUUAUAAUAACUUUGAUUAACCACGGAGUCUAUUUACGUUCCAGAUGUAGUCGCAAGUAAAUAUUAGAUAUUUAAAAAGUUACCGUAGCUUUAAGAGAACGUAAAGUCGGUAUUUAAAAACUUCUGUGUUCAUGUCAUGUGUGCCAUUAUUCUAAUUUCAAGUUUAAAAAGUGAAAGCGUAAGAGUAUUUACGUUACGCGAUGUUAAAUAUGCUUCAGAAUCAUAUGCGAGCGAAUAGCUAUUUAAACCACAGACACAAUCCUGAAGGCGUUUGCCUUCAAAUCAGCGACAAAUAAAUCGUCUUCCAAUGUGAUGUUUCUUCAUUAUAUUUUUUUAGGCCAUUUAUUAUAUGUAUGUUCCCACAAAGUUGUUCUAUUUUAUAAAUAAAAUGUUGAAAUGAUAA